AUGCGUAAGAACAAGAGCUUCCUCUUCUCGAUCAUCCUCUGUUUUCUUCUUACAAUCAAAACAAGUGUUAUCCUUGUCUCUACUCAAGAUCAACAGUGCUUGGGCCAAACAUCUUUUAACACAUACAGCACUUUCAACAAGAACCGUCUCCUUCUCCUCUCUUAUCUUCCUUCUAACGUCACCGCACAAAACAACUUCUUCUACAAUGCUUCUCUAGGCCAAGAUCGAGACAGAAUCUAUGCCCUAGCGAUGUGUAUUCCUAGUACCAAAACAAAUGAUUGCUCAAACUGCGUCAAGACUACUUCCGAUGGACUUAUCAAGAACUGUCCUAACAACACCGAAGCUUUUCACUGGUUAGGUAGUCAAAACACUCUAUGUUUCGUACGUUACUCGACCCGUUCUUUCAUUGGCUCACCAGAUAUGGACCCGCGUCAGAUUCUUCCCAACGCUACGGAUGUCAGAUCGAGUAUAACUGACUUUGAAGGGAUCUGGCAAGAUUUGAUGCUUCGUAUGGUGGAUUCAGCUUCGUCAAAGUACUAUGAAGCUGAGAUCACACCCUUGACAAGCACGAGUUCUGUAGAUACGAUGAUGAUCUACACGGUUAUGCAGUGUACUUCUGAUAUCUCUAACGCUGAUUGCAACACAUGUUUGAGAAAUAGCGUUGGGGAUUAUCAGAACUGUUGCCGUGGGAAACAAGGAGGUCUUGUUACUCGUCCAAAUUGUAUUUUCCGGUGGGAGUUUUAUCCUUUUUACGGAGCCUUUCGUAACACUCCAUCACCGGCUAAGAAAGAAGAUUCUUCAACGGUGAAAAUUGUUGCCCCAACACUUGUCGUUGCCUUCUUAUUACUUCUAGCUGUAGUUGGAUACGUUUUUUACUUGAGGAGGAGGAAGAAAAAGAAUAAGGAUGUUUUGAGAGAGACUUAUCAAGAACUUGAUAUUGAUGCUCUAUCUUCACUGAAAUUCGAGUUCCGUGUAGUACAAGCCGCAACUAGUGACUUUUCUGAAAAGAAUAAGCUUGGGGAAGGUGGAUUUGGUCCAGUGUACAAGGGAAAGCUUCAGAACGGGCAAGAAAUAGCGGUGAAGAGAUUAGCCUUACGUUCAGGACAAGGAGAAGAAGAGUUCAAGAACGAGGUCUUAUUGUUAUCUAAGCUUCAACAUAGGAAUCUAGUUAAGUUACUAGGUUUCUGCUUGAAAGGUGAAGAGAGACUUUUGAUCUACGAGUUUGUUCCUAACUCAAGCCUUGAUCAUUUCAUAUUCGAGGAGGUUGCGAAACAAGACCAUACUUUGAAGGCUAGUUGGAGCACACGGUUCAACAUUAUAGAAAACAUAGCUAGAGGGAUUCUCUAUCUUCAUGAAGAUUCUCGUCUCAAGAUCAUACACCGUGACUUGAAACCUAGUAACAUUCUUUUAGAUUAUCAGAUGAACCCUAAGAUUUCAGAUUUUGGGAUGGCGAGGUUGUUUGAGUCAGAUGAUCAAACGCAAGGGAUUACAACAAGCAGAGUCAUGGGAACCUAUGGUUAUAUGGCGCCAGAGUACAUAGCACAAGGACGGUUCUCGGUAAAAACCGAUGUAUACAGUUACGGUGUUAUGGUUCUUGAGAUCAUAUGUGGUCAGAAGAACAAUACCUUUCAGCCAAGUGGGGUAGCUUUCCACGCGUGGACAAAUUGGCGUGGAGAACGAGCACUGGACAUUGUUGAUUCAGUGAUCACAGAGAAUAUCUCAAGAAACGAGAUGAUGAAAUGCAUCAACAUAGGGCUCUUAUGUGUUCAAGAGAGUGUGAAGAGAAGACCAAACAUGAACUCAGUCAUUAAAUGGCUAAAGAGUAACUCCGUGACUCUUCCGGUUCCAUCAACACCUGCGUAUGUUGUUCAUAGUGAUUCAGGUGAAGCUUCUCAUGUUUCUCAGGUCAAUGUUUCAAUCACUGAGCUUGAGCCACGUUGA